GCUGAUGGCUACAGGAAAGCCGCGCAUGUGAUGCGGGAAACCAUGGCAACCAGCAUCCCGGGAUUUGCGCAGGAGGAACGCGGACGCGACGCGACGACCUAGAACGCAACGCGAGCUCUUAAAGGGAUAGUUCGCUCCAAUCCUGAAUGAGUUUCUUCUGUUGGACACAAAAGAAGAUAUUUUUGAGUAAUGUUGGUAAUCAAACAAUUGAAUGUAUUAUAGUAUUUGAUUUUCAUUGGCUGACGUCACUUAACAUUAUUUAAUCUUCUUUUGUGUUCAACAGAAAAAAGAAAUUCAUACAGGUUUGGAACAACAUUAGGGUUUGCUGAUGAUGUCAGCCUUCCCAUCGUCCUCCUCCAAGAGUCUGACCUCCACCCCGCUGAAGUCCAGCGUCCCGCAGCGCAGCCGAAGUGUGGAGUCCACCGGAGACUCGACGUCCUCUCUGCUGUCACCCAUCUAUCACGACAGCUUUGAGCUUUCAGACGAGGAACCAGAGCCAGAUCCGCCUCAGCGCGUUCACAACAUCACCGUCACGCUAGAUGAAGAUGCGUCUCCCUCCAGGGAUGAGGUGGACACAACAGGCCUGGACGACAGAUCUCCCAGUGGGAACUUCAGACUGAGUGCCUGGGAGCAGUGGAUCGUGGAGAAAGCCAAAGAGGAGCGUGUCAGAAAACAGCAGAAAGCUAUGGAGGAGCUCACGCUGAAGGAAAAGGAGGAAGAGCAGAAGAAAAAACUGCAGAUGAAGAAAGUCGCCUGUGAUUGCAGAAUUCAAGAGUGGCUGCGAAUGAAACGAGAGCAGGAAAAGAAAGAGAGAGAGUGCAAAGAGUUUCAGAAAAGCAAAGAACAGCUUCAAGAGGAGAAACGACGUGCCGAGAUUGAAGAGAAAGCCCGGGAGAAAUAUAAGGAGUGGAUGCGGAAGAAGACGCAAGAAGAAACAGCGAGAAAGCUAAAAGAGAAGCAAGAGGCGGCCAGAAGAGAAGCGGAAGAGCGCGAGCGCAAAGAAAAGGCGGAGGAAAGCUUUAAAGAAUGGCUUGACGGUGUAAAAACCAAAGGAAAACUGAGCCGGCGAUCAUCAGCGUCCUCGGCCGGCAACUAUAACAAUGUGAACUACCCAUCUCCGAGCUUCGUCAACCCCAUUCCCUGGAAACCCAUCCACGUUCCACAGGAAGACAGAACGCCCAGGAAAAGUUCAGCGCGUAAGAGAACGGCUGUAAGCCAGUCGAGCCGCCGUCUCACACACACACCUACUGACAUCAUCGGUUUGGCUCGCAGGAGACGGUGACGCUGACCCCUGCUGGUCUCAGUCCGGUAUUAACUCUUCUGAGCACUGCACUGCUGCGCUGUUGUUUAGCAAGUGUUUUCCAUCUUUAAAAGACUCAUGUGUUGGAUUUGACUUUGGUUGAAUUAUGAAUGUAAGCUAAAUGUGAUUUUUUUUUUUUUUUUCCAAAUUAAAGAUCUUUGUAAGUACAGUAAUUUUCCCAGUAUUAUUUGGGUUAGCUAAAUGGUUCUGUACAAAUGUUUCAGCAUAUCCAUCUGUUUAAAGAGCUCUGUGUCAUACAAUAAUGUUCAGAAGGUUUGGGGUGAGUACCAAGGCUGUAUUAAUUUGAUCAAAAAUACAGUCAAAUUAACAGUUAAAAUAACUGUUUUUUAUGUGAUUAUAGUAAACUGUAUUCCUGUGAUAACUCCAGUCUUCAGUGUCACAUGAUCAUUUUACGCUGAUUUGAUGCUCAAUAAACGUCUCUAAUUGUUAA